GAGCGGGAAAGGCACGUCAUCUGAGAGGCGAGGCCAGUGCUGGACGUGGCCCCAUUGGGGCGGGGUCUGGGAAGGCGAGGAGCGUCCGGGCUGUUGGGGAGGGGUCACCCCCCGCUCCGCCCAACCCUCCGGAUCCGCCCCUCCUUCCAUCCCACGCGCCAGUAGGUGGGUUGCUCCUCUCGGUUUGGGGGUGUUUCCGGUCCGAGGGAGCUGGCUGUUAUUUCCCCAACUGCCAUGACCGUUUCGAGUAGUUCCAGGAGUCCAGUGAUAGAAUUCUGUCUGUGACCCAUCCAGCCUGCAAACCACCUUCUCCGUCAAAUCUUCAAUGUUUAGGUGUUUACAUAUGUACUUGAGAGUCUCCACAUUAGAUGGAGUGAGUUUUCUUGGGUCUAUGUGGAACACAUAUCCCUAUGAGAAGCUGAGCCCAUAAGUUCUGGAGCCUGGGAACUCCCAAGACCAAGGUGUCAGCAGAUUCAGUAUCCUUGAUGUGCCUGCCCUCUCACUGGGUCCUAACUUGGUAGAGAGAGAGAGCUGUGGUGUGUUCCUCUAAGAAUUACUCCAGUCCCUUCUUCGGGGACCUCCUCUCAAGACCUCAUCUAAACCUAAUUACCUCUCAAAACGCCCCACCUCCAGCUUUUCCUGCAUACGGUUUGCACUCUCUGUGAGUGGAAAUCCGGAGGAAGAGACGUGGCCGAACCCUUGAUGAUGCAACUGCAGAAAAAACAGGAUUACCAUACGGAAGAUUGAUGCAGUCAUCAUUGUUGUUAAGAAUGGAGAGCUCACUGCAGGAGAGAUCACUGUGGGGCCGUCCUUCAGACGAGCCAUCUCAGGAGCCCCUAACCGGACCGCAGGACCUGUCUGCCCUGAUACCUUAUAAAGAACAAGAAUCUGUGACCUACAAAGAUGUAGCUGUAGACUUUACCCAGGAAGAGUGGGCCCUGAUGGACACAUCCCAGAGAACGCUGUACAGAGAUGUGACGCUGGAAAACAUUAGUCAUCUGGUCUCUGUGGGGUGUCAUUUCUUCAGAUCAGAUGUGAUCUCCCCGUGGGAGCAAAGAGGGGAGCUGUGGAGGGAAGAAAGAGGACCUCCCCAAGGCUGGAGUCCAGGCAUGAAAAAAAGCCAUAACAAGCAAGAAAUAAUAUCUAUGCAAGAUAUCUACAUGAAGGACCCACCUAACUGCUGGACAAUACAGAAACGUCAUGCAGGAGAAGACCUCUCUGUAUAUAGUGGGUAUGAAGUUUUCAUUCACACCUACACAUUGACGCAACAUGUCUUAACUCACACUAGACAGAAACUCUAUAGAUGCAAUGAAUGUGGAAAACACUUCACCCGAAACGCCAACCUUCAUACCCAUAAAAUAAGUCACACAGGAGAGAAUCCAUUUGCUUGUAAUCAGUGUGGGAGGCGCUUCAGGUAUUUUUCAUCUUUAACUAGACAUAAGCGAAUUCAUACUGGAGAGAAGCCUUAUGAAUGUCAUCUAUGUGGGAAAGCCUUUGUUCGUAGUUCCCUUAAACAACAUCAGAGAAUUCACACUGGAGAGAAACCAUACACAUGUCCUCUAUGUGGAAAAGGCUUCGUUACAAGGUCUAAUCUUCGAGAACAUGAGAGAACUCACAGUGGAGAGAAACCAUACAAAUGUCAUCUAUGUGGAAAAGCUUUUGUUCAAAGCUCUUGUCUUAGAAAACAUGAGAGAACUCAUACUGGAGAGAAACCAUAUAAAUGUCAUCUAUGUGGAAAAUCCUUUGUUCAAAGUUCUUGUCUUAGAAAACACGAGAAAACUCACACUGGAGAGAAACCAUAUAAAUGUCAUCAGUGUGGAAAAGCCUUUGUUACAAGCUCUGAUCUUGGAAAACAUGAGAAAACUCACACUGGAGGGCAAUCAUAUACAGGUUAUCUGUUUGGAAAAUCUUUUGUUCAAAGCUCUUGUCUUAGAAAACACGAGGAAACUCAGCCUGGUGAGAAACCAUGUACGUGUCAUCAGUGUGGAAAAGCCUUUGUUACGAGCUCUGAUCUUAGAAAACACGAGAAAACUCACACUGGAGGGGAAUCCUAUACUUGUCAUCUAUGUGGAAAAGCCUGUGUUGAAUGCUCUUGUCUUAGAAAACACGAGAAAACUCUCCCUGACGAGAAACCAUAUACAUGUCAUCAGUGUGGAAAAGCAUUUGUUACAAGCUCUAAUCUUAGAAAACAUGAGAAAACUCACACUGGAGAGAAACCAUAUACAUGUCAUCUAUGUGGAAAAGCCUUUGUUCAAAGCUCUAAUCUUCGAGAACAUGAGAGAACUCACACUGGCGAGAAACCAUAUAAAUGUCAUCUAUGUGGAAAAGCCUUUGUUCAAAGCUCUUGUCUUAGAAAACAUGAGAAAACUCACACUGGAGAGAAACCAUAAACAUGUCAUCUAUGUGGAAAAGUCUUUGAUAUAAGCUCUGAUCUUAGAGACCAUAAUGGAACUCACUCUAAUUCUAGUGAAUGAACAUAGAAGUGCCUUCAGCCACAGCGCUAAUGUGGAACCAGCCAGAGGACUCAGGUGGGGGAAGUUCCAUGGUCAUAUUCAUUACAGAAAUGCCUUCAUUUUUAACUUCUCCUUACACAACAUGAGUAAACUACAUUUGGAGGAACCCUAUAUUUAUAAUCAAGGAGGAAGACACAUUAGCUGGUCUCUGGUCAUAGGUAGCACAAGAACAUCCAGUAUGAAUACUAAUCUAAUCUCCUUUAAUGGGAAUUUACACAGGAAAAUCUUUAUAGAUGGAGGUCACUGUAGGAGAAUAACAAAAAUUAAUGCUGGAGAAGUUAUUCAUUGUUACAUGCAUGGAAAAAAACUUGACUAGUAGAAAAUCUAUUAUAGGCAAGUGAAGCUUCACACUCUGUAUUAUAGUAAACGAAUGGCAGCCUAAGUGGUUUUUAAUUCCUUAAUCAACAUGUAGUUUCUCACACUGUAUAUAUGGUAUUACUAAAAUCAGAUGAAAGGUUAGACUUUGCAUUAGAAAUCCCUGACUAGGAAAAACAUUUAUCAAGAAAGUCUUAACACACAAUUUAGACAUUGAUUUAUAAUUCUGCCUAACAGCCUAUUACUAUAAAAAUGUAAGAAGGGUAGCAUUGUGACAUCAUCUUGCAGUUCUAAAUUCAGAAUUUUGUAACUUUUUUUUUUGGUUCUUGGAACUGCAUAUGAAGCAAACUUGUUGUUGAAAAAGCCAUUAUGUUGGUCAGGGUCCUAUUUUUCAUGCAGCAAUAGUAAUUAUGAUGAUUGGAUUCAACUAGAAAGUGUCUUUGAAUAUUAACUGAAAAACAUAGAACACAAGAUGAUGCGUCAUUACUACAUAUUGUUAACCACGUAUGUAGGUCGUAACGAUGAAUUAAAGAUUCUUAUAUAGAUA